CGGGCUCCGGGGGGCACGAAGCCGGCCCCGCCACCCCAAACUUCUCCAGGGGCGCGCCAGUUGGAACCCGUCCCCCACCCGCGUCCCUUUCGCACCCACUUCCCCUCCCCUGCCGCCUCUCCUCCAGCCCACCGGCCGUCCCGGGUGGAGAGGGGGCGCGCUCCCGCGGCGGGGAUCGCCCGGGCGGGGGCCGCGCGGAGCUGGCGGGGAUCGCCCUGGUGGGGCCGGCCCGCGCCGUGUGCAGGCGGAUGUGAGGAGCAUGUCAAUUGGCGGCGGGGGAGCGGCUCGGGCUGUUACUACCGCAGAGCGAGCGAGCGCGCGCAGGGAGCCGCAGCGGCCGGCGGCGGGAAGGGGCAGAGGGGACCCCGGCCGUCCCGCCCUCCGCGCUCUGCACGAGCCAGGCCGCAGUGCGCCCUGACGUCCCGGCUGUUCCCCCCACCAACAUGAGGAACAUUUUCAAGAGGAACCAGGAGCCCGUGGUGGCUCCUGCCACCACCACGGCCACAAUGCCAGUCGGGCCAGUGGACAACUCCACUGAGAGUGGGGGUGCUGGGGAGACAAAGGAGGACAUGUUUGCAAAGAUCAAGGAGAAAUUCUUCAAUGAGAUGAGCAAGAUCCCUUUACCUCCGUGGGCAUUGAUUGCCAUUGCCGUGGUCGCCGGCCUCCUGCUCAUCACCUGCUGCUUCUGCAUCUGCAAGAAGUGCUGCUGCAAGAAGAAGAAGAACAAGAAGGAGAAGGGCAAGGGCAUGAAGAAUGCCAUGAACAUGAAGGACAUGAAAGGGGGGCAGGAUGAUGACGAUGCAGAAACAGGCUUGACAGAGGGAGAAGGGGAGGGAGAGGAGGAGAAGGAGCCGGAGAACCUGGGGAAACUGCAGUUUUCCCUGGACUACGAUUUUCAGGCCAAUCAGCUGACCGUUGGCGUCCUGCAGGCCGCAGAACUGCCUGCUCUGGACAUGGGGGGCACCUCAGACCCAUAUGUCAAAGUCUUCCUGCUUCCAGACAAGAAGAAGAAAUAUGAGACCAAAGUCCAUCGGAAGACGCUGAACCCUGCCUUCAAUGAAACCUUCACCUUCAAGGUGCCGUACCAGGAGCUGGGGGGCAAGACCCUGGUGAUGGCCAUCUAUGACUUUGACCGCUUCUCCAAACAUGACAUCAUCGGCGAGGUGAAGGUGCCCAUGAACACCGUGGACCUGGGCCAGCCCAUCGAGGAGUGGCGAGACCUGCAGGGCGGGGAGAAGGAGGAGCCAGAGAAGCUGGGGGACAUCUGCAUCUCCCUGCGUUACGUGCCCACGGCCGGCAAGCUCACCGUCUGCAUUCUGGAGGCCAAGAACCUGAAGAAGAUGGACGUGGGCGGCCUGUCAGACCCCUACGUGAAGAUCCACCUGAUGCAGAACGGCAAGAGGCUCAAGAAGAAAAAGACGACGGUGAAGAAGAAGACGCUCAACCCGUACUUCAAUGAGUCCUUCAGCUUUGAAAUCCCCUUCGAGCAGAUCCAGAAAGUCCAGGUGGUGGUCACAGUGCUGGACUACGACAAGCUGGGCAAAAACGAGGCCAUUGGCAAGAUCUUCGUGGGCCUGAACGCCACGGGCACAGAGCUGCGGCACUGGUCCGACAUGCUGGCCAACCCCCGGAGGCCCAUCGCCCAGUGGCACUCGCUCAAGCCCGAGGAGGAGGUGGACGCACUUCUGGGCAAGAACAAGUAGGCAGAGCGUCACGACCGCGCCGGGACAGACCUGACGAGACCCAGAGCUAUCAAUACCUCAGUUACGCACCCGUAGACGUUUCCUCCUUCAUUUGUCUGUGGUUGUGUCGUUUUUCCUUCCUUUUUGUCUUUUUAAAGACCACCUUCCCUCUGAAGGCUGUGAGGCAAGUCCCCGAAGAGGCGAAGAGAAGCCUGGCUCUUGUCAUCGUCCCAGGAGCUGUCCUGCUGCAUGCCCUCACGGUCCCCCCUCACAGCUUCACUUACGCGUCACCUGAGUGAGGCCCUCUUUUGGCAGAAAGUUGCAGCACUUCCUGUUUUUUGAGUGUUCUGGACCAACAAAGUGGCAGCACUUCCUGUUGCCUGAUAAGGAAGGCAACACAGUGGCCAAAAUUCCACGUGUGUACGUGUGUAUGUGUGUGUGUACACGCAUGUGUGCGUGUGUGUGGGCAUCUCGCUAUGUUCCUGGAACGAGCCAUGGACAUGAAGCUGUGAGGGCAGAGAAGGCUCUUUGGGGACCCGGAAGUGAAGAGGUCCCUGGUCCGAGCGGGAGGUCAGCGUGUGGCGAGGGCUCAGGACCCUGGUCGGGGGGCAGAAGCUCCCACCCUCCUCGUGGGUGGCUGUUUGGGAGGCAAGAUGUGGAGACGAGGUUUGUCCAGAGCAAGAACCAAGCCCCUGACGCCGUCAUAGACUUCCCGCUGUCAGCCAUGGUCAUCCCACGGGGUUCCAGGGACACUCGUGGACACGAACUAGUCGCUAGAUGGCCAGAGUGUAACAGGGACGUCAGUCCCGGGACGUCCUCUUGUUGGCAGUUAACAUCAAACUACGAAGACACAGAAGACCUGUUACCCAGACAGACCAAAAGGGAACUUCUGGAUCUUCGCCCCCUCCAGGGGAAAGACAGGCUUUGUCCCUUUGCAGAACGUCAGCCCUGCGGAUCAUGUGCUCAUUCCCCACCACGCUUUUGCUUGUGUUUUCUCUUUUAAUCUAAGUGGAGCAAUGCUGUCUGAAGACACGUCAUCUGUACAGAGCCAGAGAACUGAAAGGAAGGUUUAACGGUCCUUAGUUGCCCUGAGGUCCAGGUAAGGAGGGGGAGGAUGGUGAACAGAUGGCAGAGAUUUCCUGGCUAACGUAGGUGGGGGCACUGACAGCCCCCGACUCCCACGCCUCUGCCCUCCCUGCGGAGGCUUACGGGCGGCUGACACGGCCCAGUGCGGCCUGUGUGGACGACCCACCCACUGCUCCUCAGGGGGUUUCUCUCUGGGUGCCAAGAGUCAGGGUGUCCCUUUCCGAACCGGUGGCCGGGGACUCCUGCCAGCGUUUCUACCCCACGCUCAGUCGUGUCCCAUUCCCUGUCACCGUUUGUCUCCAGCAUUGAUAAAAAGCCAUAUAUAUGUUA